AAGCACUGGGGGAACGACCACGGAACUACAACUCCCACUAUUCAGGUCGGUCUUCCAAACUUUAUUUAAACACGAAUUUGUAGCUUGAGCACUUGAUCUCAAGAGGAAGCAGCAGCAUUCCUUUUCUGACGUAGGAUAUUAUUUGCAGUCCACAAAACCAACACAAAAAUCAAUUAGGAAGCAGGAAGUUGCUCCUGCCAUUCAAGGAAUGCUACAAGAAAGCUGCCUGGAUUUGUGACGGGAAACGCGCAGAAAGUGGGCAUCUGUGUGAAAGAUGAGCGUCCCUGACUACAUGCAGUGUGCCGAGGAUCACCAGACGGUGCUGGUGGCGGUGCAGUCAGUGGGUCUGGUCCCCGAGGAUCAGUUCUUCCGCAUUUACAAACGCAUUGCCAGCGUGAGCCAGGUCAGCAUCCGCGACUCCCAGAGGGUCCUGUUCAUCCGCUACCGGCAUCACUACCCCCCGGAGAACAACGACUGGGGCGACUUCCAGACGCACCGCAAGGUGGUGGGGCUGAUCGCGGUGACCGAGUGCUCGGCGGCCAAGGACUGGCCCCAGACGUCCGAGCGCUUCCACGGCCAGAAGGAGGUGUUCGGCUCCACGCUCUACGACUCCCGCCUGCUGGUAUUCGGGCUGCGGGGGGAGGUCACCGAGCAGGCCCGGACCGACGUGGCCUUUUACCCCAGCUACGGCGAGUGCGAGGACGUGGAGAGAAGAGUGGAGGACUUCAUCGAGUCCAUCUUCAUCGUGCUGGAGUCCAAGCGCCUGGAUAGGGCCACCGACAAAUCAGGAGACAAGAUCCCUUUGCUCUGCGUCCCCUUUGAAAAGAAGGACUUUGUUGGUCUGGAUACUGAUAGCAGGCACUACAAGAAACGCUGCCAGGGGCGAAUGCGAAAGCACGUUGGGGACCUGUGCUUGCAGGCUGGAAUGCUUCAGGAUGCUCUGGUCCAUUAUCACAUGGCCGUGGAGCUCUUGCGCUCUGUUAAUGAUUUCUUGUGGCUGGGAGCUGCUCUGGAAGGCCUGUGCUCUGCUUCCGUUAUCUACCACUACCCUGGGGGAACAGCAGGCAAGGCCGGGGGCCGGAAGCCCAGUCUUUCCCAGCCGUCUGACGCGGGGAAGAGACAUCGGCCAGGAGCUCAGGAAGUUCUCAUUGAUCCAGGUGCCCUGACCACCAAUGGCAUCAGUGCCGACACCAGCAGUGAGAUUGGACGAGCCAAGAACUGCCUGAGCCCAGAAGACAUCAUCGACAAAUACAAGGAGGCCAUCUCUUACUAUGGCAAGUAUAAGAAUGCCGGUGUGAUUGAACUGGAGGCGUGUGUGAAGGCAGUCAGAGUCCUGGCGAUCCAGAAGAGAGCCAUGGAGGCAUCAGAAUUCCUUCAGAAUGCAGUCUACAUCAACCUCGGCCAGCUGUCUGAAGAGGAGAAGAUUCAGCGUUACAGUAUUUUGUCCGAGCUGUACGGCUUAAUUGGUUUCCAUCGCAAGUCUGCAUUUUUCAAGCGUGUGGCUGCUAUGCAGUGUGUGGCCCCCACCAUCCCUGAGCCAGGCUGGAAGGCCUGCUAUAAACUGCUUCUGGAGACUCUGCCUGGAUACAGCCUGUCUUUGGAUCCGCAGGACUUCAGUAAAGGGUCUCACCGGGGCUGGGCGGCUGUGCAGAUGCGUCUGCUCCACGAGCUGGUGUACGCCUCGCGCCGCAUGGGCAACCCUGGCCUCUCCGUUCGCCACCUGUCCUUCCUGCUGCAGACCAUGCUGGACUUUCUCUCUGACCAAGAGAAAAAAGAAGUUACCCAGAGCCUUGAGAAUUAUACUUCUAAGUGUCCUGGUGGAAUGGAAGUUAUCACACUCCCAGACGGACUCAAACUGCCUCCUGUGCCGUUCACCAAACUCCCUAUCGUCAGAUCGGUUAAACUCCUGAAUCUGCCCAUCAGCCUGCGGCCUCAUAAAGUGAAGAGCCUUCUGGGUCAGAACAUGGCCACCAAAAGCCCCUUCAUUUACUCGCCUAUCAUUGUGCACAACCGUGGAGAAGAAAAGGGAAAGAAAAUAGACUUCCAGUGGGUACAAGGAGACGUGUGUGAGGUGCAGCUCAUGGUGUAUAAUCCCAUGCCUUUCGAGCUGCGUGUGGAGAACAUGGGUCUCCUGACGUCAGGUGUGGAGUUUGAGUCCUUGCCUGCAGCCCUCUCUCUGCCUGCAGAGUCUGGCCUCUACCCAGUCACGCUGGUCGGGGUUCCACGGACAGCAGGGAACAUAACAGUGAAUGGUUACCACACGUCGGUGUUUGGGGUGACGAGUGACUGUCUCCUGGAGCAUUUGGCUGGGGUGAAGACCAGCGGAUGCACUGUGGAGGUGGUUCCUGCUCUGCCUCGGCUCCAGCUCGGCACCUCCCUGCCUCGCUCUGCCCACACCCUGCAGCUUUCCUCUGGAGAAGAGGUCUCCACCAGUGUGUCAGUCCAGCUCUUCAAUGGAGAGACCCAGCAACUCAUCAUCAAACUAGAGAACAUUGGCACAGAACUUCUGGAGUCAUUGGAGAUUACUUCAAAGACUGUCAAUACUAAAGAGAAACUGUUUGGAGACUUCUUGAGUUGGAACCUGGAAGACACACUUUCCCAGUUUCCCCUGAAGCCUGGGCAAGUGGCCACUUUAACUGUGAACAUAAGGGUGAAACUGGACUUCUCCGGGCAAGAAAACCUGCUGCAGGACCUCAAUGAUGAUGGAAUCAGUGUGACUGGCCUACCCAUCUCCAGCCCCCUGCGUCAAGUCCUCAAACCGCGGGCUGAGAGCAAGACGGUCAACCCCUCAGAGGCCAGCAAGGCGGGGGAGUAUAACCACAUCAAGACUGUCGAAGCAGUUUUGAACUUCAAGUAUUCAGGGGGCUCCGGCCACGCUGAAGGUUUCUACCGAGAUCUGUCUUUGGGACUGCAUGUGGAAGUGGAGCCCUCUGUGUUUUUCACAAGGGUCAGCACCCUACCUGCGACCAGUGCCCGUCAGUGCCACCUGCUCCUCGAUGUCUUCAACUCAACAGAGCACGAGCUGACAGUCAGUGCCAAGAACAAUGAAGACCUGGUCCUGCACGCUGGAGAGUGUCAGAGGAUGGCGAUUCAGGUGAACAAGUUUGAUUUUGAGAGUCUUCCUGAGCCUGGUGAUGAGAGAGCCCAGUUUACUAACCUGAAGCAGCUGGAGGAAGAGAGACAGCAGGCCAGGGGGUACGAGAUCAACAGCAAGCUGGACAUCUGCUGGAAGAUCAUAUCCUUUUCCUAUGCUUCUCUUUGGUGUGGCCUGCUGUCACAAUUUUGGAUAUGUGGUACUUAAAUCAGCUUUGUGUGGGGUUUAAGUAAUUCAAAUAGGGUUCCAUCGAAAGCACUGUAAUAGGUUGUAAUGCGUUGUAAUGAUACUUGUCGAUGGGUAGGAUUCUGUUUCCCAGACACACUUAGUAUCUGCUCCAAGGAAAACUGUCACUAAGUAGCAAUUUUGGAAGUUUGUUACCGAUGCAUACGUUACGACUUGAUCUUAUUCCGACAAC